GUUCCGCCACCGAGGUUCCGCGUGCGCAAAGUUCCGGGUGCCGAAGUGGAGAAGGGGCAGCGACGCUAAGUCCUGGUGGCUCUCUGCCCACCCGCUCUGUGGGUGUAGUGAAGGUCUCAUUGGCCUCAUACCCUGUGAAGUAGGUAUUACCCUCAUUUUACAGAUGGGGAAGCUAAACUGGCCGCAAAUCAUUCAGGACCAUCCUGACUGCUGGCAUUUGUUCCAGUAUGUGGAGCAAAUAUGGCAACUUCCAAAGGUCACAGAAAUGCAAAAGUAACCAAGAGUGUCUCAAGAUACAAUGGGAGACAAUAAAAAGGAGAAAAACUAAAUGGACUACUCCAUAAACAUGGCCCCUGGAAUGCCGGGUGGACAGAACCCGAUGACCCUUCCUUUAGAGAACAAUGAGGCCUGGGCCUUCUGAGGACUCCUAUUGGUGGAGAGAUAUGAAUUUCCUCUCCCCCGAGCGACAGGGUGGGUGCUAAGGCUGACAUUUAUGGAUUCCCAAAAGGAGGACCUGAGACUCCCUGGCAUGUGGAUCUCCUUGAGCAUUGGAUUCCUGGGGCUGUGUUCCUCGCUAAUAGGCAGCUGCAUUCUCUUUCUGCACUGGAAGAAGAACUUGCAGAGAGAAGAAGAUGUCCAGCAGUGGGUGGAAGUGAUGAGAGCUGCCAUGUUCACCUACAGCCCACUGUUGUACUGGAUAAACAAGCGGCGCCACCAUGGUAUGAACGCAGCCAUCAACACUGGCCCGCCCCCUGCUGUCACCAAGGCUGAAGCUCAAAAUCCAGAUUCUUUGUGGGAGCUGGAUAUCUCUGAAGAUGGGAACUACGCUGUGCAAGACAGCAGUCCCAGGGGUGAAGCCUCCAGUCCCUUGCAACAUGUUCCGGUGGUCCCAAAGCAGUCCCCAUCUUCAACAAUGCCACAGCCUCGGACUGACUCCCCACACCCACUUCCCAUUUUUCAGGAGGUGCCCUCUGCCGUGUCCCUCUGCAACCUACCUCCCAUGUUGAACCACUCUGUCUCCUACCCUUUGGCAAACCGCCCUGAAAAGAAUGUUCAUUUCUGUUCCCUCCCCAUAUUGGCCCAUGAAACAAACUGCUUUAAUGCCAAGCCCUUUGCUUCAGAACUGUAGUCUCCUCUCAUUGAGGGUGGGAGCUGCAGGUACCAAAGGCUCCUUUUGGUAGAAAACAGAGAUAACCUCAAGGAGUGGUAUUGACAAGGAGGUUAGAGCCAUUUGGACAUCAAAUCAAGAAAGAUUUAAAAAAAAAGUCCAA